AACAUGAACGGAGAAAUGAACCAAUCCGCAGCCCUCAAAGCGAGUAGGUCCCGCCUCUUGGUAAAGGAAGUUUAAAAAAAUGAGUUACUACAACGGAGCGGGAUACCCAGGGGUAAGAUACCCAGGGGUAGGACACCCAGGCCCAAAUGCCCCCUACAGUGGAGCUGGUGCUCCAUAUGGAUCUGCACCCUCGGCUCCAUACGGCGGUCCACCAGGAGGCUACUAUGGCCCAGGACAAGGGGGGCACUACGGAACCGGGCCAGGGGCUGCGGGUUACGGGGGGCAACCUCAUGGAGCGCCUUAUGGCAAUCCUCCUCCUUCAGGGAACAUUCCCCCCGGUGUCAAUCCAGAAGCGUACCAGUGGUUCCAAAGCGUCGACACGGACCACAGCGGUUUCAUCAACCUGAAGGAGCUGAAACAGGCGCUUGUCAACUCCAACUGGUCCAGUUUUAAUGAUGAGACUUGCCUCAUGAUGAUCAACAUGUUUGACAAGACAAAGUCAAGUCGGAUGGACCUUUUCGGCUUCUCGGCGCUGUGGGACUUCAUGCAAAAGUGGAGAGCGCUCUUUCAGCAAUAUGACAGGGACCGCUCAGGAUCCAUCAGUGGUACAGAGCUCCACCAAGCCCUGUCACAGAUGGGCUACAACCUGAGCCCACAGUUUUCCGAGUCGUUGGUGCGGCGCUUCAGCGCGCAUCCCGCACGCCCUGGCAUUCAGUUGGAUCGCUUCAUCCAGGUGUGUACCCAACUGCAGAGCAUGACGCAGGUCUUCAGGGAGAAAGACACCACCAUGACAGGCAACAUCCGACUCAACUAUGAGGACUUCCUCUCGGGGGCCAUCACCAGGCUCAUGUGAAUGGAAUACCACGAGAUGGCGGUUUGUAUUUGACAUAUCAUAUCCGACGACUUUUUGUUAAAAACAACAUGAAAGCUAACCUAGAGAGUAAUGUUCAGUAACAACUUUCAAAAAACAAAUAAUGGAUUGAAUAGAUGACAGGAAUUGAUUGCGUCAUCACCACAGAUGCCUAUCUGUUUACUACUUGUGGUACCAUUUUGUUUUAACAUCAUAUAUCAAGACGUUUAUUAACCCUCAAAGUUGCAUAUAUUUGAUAAAUACUAACUAUCCUUCCCUCACUAAACUAUGCAGUAUUUUAGAUUAGUAAAAAGGUUUAUAUGGAUAGUUAAGUUAUUUACAUGGAUCCAAAAGACAUGUUAUCAACUACCACCAGAAUAUUUUGUGAUUGUAGGCUUUAGCGUGCCCUCAGAACCCAUGCAUAUGUUUGCACCUUGAUACCAUUACUUGGCUACAAUUGUAAAAAAAAAAAAAAAAAAAAAUGUAGAUUGAAACAAAACAAGUUUAUUCCAUUUGCACUUAUUUUACAUUCCAUUGAGGUUUAUACUGUUAUUAAAUGCCAAAAUAUUUUGUUUUUGUUGCCAAAUA